AUGGCGAUGGACGAAUUUUGGAUUCUGCGCAACAGAGCUCAAUCUUCGACCUUACUUGCUCUAAUGAUUGUGUUCUACACAAAUAUGCUCGACAGCAUUCUCUUGACAGCUGUAGUUCCAAUCAUCCCUGACUACCUGUUGGAUAUCGAUCAAAAGGAAUACAACCUAUCGUUCCACCAGAACAGCUCUCGACUGAGGAGCGUGCACCCCGGGGUCAACGUGACGCAGACCUCGACCCAGAAGGUCUUCAGCCGGCUGUCCGUGAGCGCGCUCAACGAAGACAGCAAGGUCGGCUGGCUCCUGGCGUCUAAAGCGAUAGUACAGCUCAUCGUGAACCCCUUCAUUGGGCCACUGUCCAACAGGGUGGGAUACCCAUCUGUGCUGUGGUCUGGAAGUCUCAUCAUCUUCCUGGCGUCAUUAAUGUUUGCCUCGGCGGAGACCUACAUCCCGCUGUUCAUUGCUCGAGCCGUGCAUGGUCUAGGGUCAGCGGCAUCCGUCGUAGCUGGUAUGAGUAUUGUCGCUGAGAAGUAUCCCGAUGACAGACAGCGGAGUCGAGCUAUGGGUGUCGCAAUGGGCGGGGCAGCCACCGGAGUUUUAGUGGGAUAUCCCUUUGGUGGCGUCAUGUACACCUUUGUUGGCAAGGUGGCUCCAUUUCUCAUUAUUGCUGUUCUUUUCAUCAUCGACAUGGGUCUUCAGUGGUUUAUUCUAGAAAUAUCUAUGAAAAAUACACUUCCUCGUAAAACGACACCUCUGCACGUGCUGCUACGAGACCCGUACAUACUGGUUGUUUCAGGUUGUAUCAUGUUAACAACUCUGGCCAUGUCGGUUCUGGAACCCACCGUGCCGCUGUGGAUCCUGGAGAAUAUGCACGCUGAACGAUGGCAGUUAGGCUUGGUGUUUCUGCCUGACAGUAUAGGCUAUCUCGUAGGAACAAACUUCUUUGGCGUAGCAGCUAGAAGCGUUGGCAGAUGGAUGUCAUCCAUGGGCAGUAUGAUAUUUGUUGCUCUGUGUUUAGUCUGCCUGCCGUUUGCUACUGAUCUGACUCAACUUAUUCUACCUCAUUUUGGUAUUGGAUUAGGAAUUGGUGUUACCGAUGCAGCCUUGAUGCCGUUGUUGGCGCUGCUAGUGGACACGAGACAUGACAGUUUCUAUGGCAGCGUGUAUUCUAUAGCACAACUCGCUGUGUGCCUCGCAUACUUUAUAGGUCCGUCAGUUGCCGGUCAAAUUGUAAAAAUUAUAGGAUUUCCAUGGCUAAUUCGAGCAACCGCAGUCUUAAACUUCGUGUAUUGUCCACUGUGCUUAUUUUUGCGAAAGGUACCGGCUUGUGACGAGGAAAUGGUGAUCCUUAAAGAACAGACGGUGGACGGCAAUUACACGAAGGAGAAAAUGGAAGUGGAUUCGUUCUCCUACAACCGGCUGUGUGAAGAGGACUGAGGGCAACGUCAAGAAGCGCAUGCAGUUUAAAGCUGCCGUAUCGAGACUUAUGUUCAUCAUCUAGCCGUCUUCCCGUGGCAUUGCAUUCUUCUAUAUCUUUUAGACGCAGUUGUUAAAGUGACAGAUCCUAGUUUUUAAACACUACGGCGUAUUAUUAUUUUUUUUACUAUUAGAGCCGUUUUUCGUAACUGAAACCAGACAUUAACUUAGAUUUUUAAUGUUCAGAUUAUCCAUUUCCGUACAUCCGAAGUGUUUCUGGUUAUACUGGUGUUUCUAAUACCAUGAAAUCCAUUAAAAUGUUUUUUAAAGAACGCAUAUGCGAGCUUAAAUGUAUUUAUCUGUUUCAACGUCAUAAGACUUUUGUUCACUAUAUUGUAAA